GUUUCUCGCUCGUUAUUGGCCGUCUCUCCUCAUCCUGUUUUGGGGCGUUUCGUGGGUAAAGUUUGAUGAAAGUUUUGGUUGAUCUAAAAGUUGAGGAAAUCGGUUGGGGCUGAUGGAUAAGUGAGCUCACUCAAGACACACACUCCCACACCACAAUGUCUGGGGCCCAGGAGCACAAGAGACGGCGACCCCAGAAUAUGUACUUGGUAGCGUCCGACCUAAAGAUUCAGGACCAGUUGGAAGGUACCAUCCGACUGCUACGGGGGAAUCUCUGUCAGGAGCAGGAGGGGGGAAGGAGCAGGGGCGACCAACUGUGGGUAAAGGUAUUAGACUAUGGUUGUAUGGUAAAGAUUGACAAACAGCUCCUUAUAGAAGUCCCCACCGACCUGACCGGCCUAUUGGAGCCUAUAUCUGAUCCGGAGUCCCGCCUCAAACUGCUCAGUAACCCCAAGCAACUUCACCGAUUGGCUGCCUUGCCCCUAGGCACCCCCCUCUAUGUCCAGAUGGGCCAACCAGGAGAGCUGGCGGAGGCGGAGCUGAGGUAUCGAGGACCGCUGACCAGAGGAAGUACUGCUGUGUUGUUUGGGGUGCAGCUGAAGGACUCAGCAGUGGGUAGAGGCAACACUAACGGUUCGUACAAAGGCCACCAGCUCUUCACCUGUCCCGAAGCCUCCGCCCUCUUCCUACCGGCCGAUCAGCUCAGGCUGCGACGCCGUGCCAACGACGACCAUCACAACAACGUCCUUCCUCCUCAACCUCAAUCCCCCAUUGGUAACAUCAUUGCUAGAACGGCUGAAUCGGCUCCCGGCCUGGCCCCAGUCCCAGUCCUGGCUCAAAACCCCAGCUCCCGACCUCCCCUCCAGGUGGGCCAGAGGGUGUGCUUCCCCCUGGAGGAUACAGUCCAUGGGGGAGAGGUGAGGUUCUGUGGGGCCCUGCCUGGACGGACCGCCACUGGGGUGUUCGUAGGAAUCCUGCUGGACAAUGCGGUUGGUAACUGGGAUGGUUCAUAUAAAGGAGAGAAGUUGUGCUCCAUCCCCUCUUCUCUCUAUGGUUGCCUGCUACCCAUCUCCAAGGUGUCCCCUGAACCGAGGUCACGCCGCCAUACUCCUCCCCUCCAGAACCCCAAACCAGUCCUCAAACCCACCCAACCACCCGCCCCUAAACUUGCCAUUGUAUCCUCACCUGCCUCCACCCCAAAGAUCGCUCUGAUGCCUCCUCAACUCCUCUCAGCCAAACUGGCCUUAAAACCUCCACCCCUCCCCAGCCCCAAGCCUUUCACGAAACCUCACCCCCUUCCCCCAACCCCUCCCGCCUUCAAACCCCAAACCCUGCCCUCCCCGACCUCCACCGACCAACCACAGCUCUUGAAUGGUUCGCCCAGUCCCCUCUCUCCGGGUCGAGGUGAAGGAUUGGACGCUGAGGAGAAUGGAGACGCGGGAUUGGAGGUUGAGUUGGAGGUGGGGUCCAUGGUGGAGGUGAAUGACCCGCCCCUUUUUGGAGUGAUUCGUUGGAUUGGACGAAUCAGUGGAGUUCCACAACUGGUGUCAGGAAUCGAGCUGGACCAGGAGCUGACCGCUGGAACAGACGGCAGUUACCUUGGCGAACGCCACUUCCGUUGCCCCGCCAACAAGGGGCUGUUCGUCAAACUCCGGAACUGUAGGCGGGACUCCAGAUUCCCUGCCCCCGAGACACCGGUCAACCAGGUGGAGCGCUGCAACUCCAUAGCGUUUGCAGAGUGGGGCAGUGAGCGUGUGGUGGAGCACACCCCUCCAGUCCAGGGGGACGAGGCCAGAGAUAUGUACCAGGGCUGGAAGAGAGGCAUCCAGGGACACCUCAACUCCUGCUACCUGGACGCCUCACUCUUCAGUCUGUUUUCGUGCUGCAGUUCAGUAGACUGGGUGUUGCUGUGGCCCACGGACCCCUCAGACGGCUCCCACUGCAGCCAAGCCCAGGACCUGCUACGCUGUGAGAUAGUCAACCCCCUACGCAGGUUUGGCUAUGUGUGUGCCAGUAAGACUAUGGCCCUGAGAAGACUCCUGGAGGCCGAGAGUAGUGAUAAAGGCUUCACCAACCAGGAGAAAGACCCAGAAGAGUUCCUCAACAAGCUUUUCCAGCUCCUCCGGGUCGAACCUCUUCUGAAGAUCAGGUCAGUGACACAGAAGCAGCAGCCUCAGGAGUGUCACCUCUACCAGCUCUUCCCCCCAUCCGUUCCCCUCUCUCCCUCCUCCCCUGUCCCUCUGUCUCCGUCCCUCUCUCCCAUCCCUCUCUCCUCCCCUGUAGUACUCAUUAAGGUGGCCAGUGUUCAGACUCUGCUAUGGACUUCUUUUCUCCACGCGGGACUAAAGUUUGCUGAGGCCCCCUCCUGCCUCCCCCUCCUUAUGCCUAGGUUUGGGAAGGACUUCAAGAUGUUUGACGCCAUCUUGCCGUCACUCACAAUCGACAUCACAGACCUGCUGGAUGACACUCUCAGACAGUGCAGUAUUUGCCAGGCAGUAGCAGAAUGGGAGUGUCUAGAGUGUUAUGAAGACUUGGACAUCACACCUGGUCGUCUCAAACAGUACUGCCACACCUGCAACACUCAGGUGCACAUCCACAAGAAGCGCCAGUCCCACAAUCCGUGUCAGGUGGGUGUGGCUGGGGGUCCGUGGACCGGCCCACUACAUGGAACUCGUCAGCGAUUGGCUCUCUUUGCUGUGACGUGCAUCGAGACCAGCCACUACGUGAGCUUCGUCAAGCACGGGCCCCGCCCCGAUGACUGGCUGUUCUUUGACAGUAUGGCCGACAGGGAAGGCGGGGAGAACGGUUUCAACGUUCCCCAGGUAAAGGCGUGUCCAGAGGUGGGCCGCUACCUCAGCCUAUCAGAGGAGGAGCUGGGCAGGCUAGACCCCGCCUCCUUAAGAGAGUCCGCCCGCCGGCUGCUGUGUGACUCCUACAUGUGUCUCUACCACAGCCCCGAGCUCAGCCUGUACAAAUAACACACACACACACACACACACACACCAAUGUGCCUUCAGGAUUAGUGACAUGCAGUAUUGUACAUAACCACUGUUGUGUCUGUUCAAGUAACACACGCACAAGUUCCAGUAUUGCACCAAUGUGCCUCAAACAAGCAACACAGAAACAGACUCCUACAACGACCACUGCCCAAAUGUGCCUUUCAACACGAAAAACCUGUUUUGCACUCUUCUGUUUACUUUAUCCUUAUGUCAUAUGGAAAUCUGAGAAGAAAAUUAUGAAUAAUUGUAUAUAAUACAUUUAUAUAAUUUAAUUAUAUAUAAAAUUAUAUAUAAUAUACAAUUAUAUAUACAAAUAUAAUUUGCACUUUUUGGGGGGGGGACACAACUUUUUAAUUCCGUAUUGGGUUAUGUUGUAAUGCAUAGAAAGAGGAAAUGAAUAUAUUAAAGAGAAUUAUAAUGAAA